UUCUAAAAGAAGAUAAGGGCAAUUAUAUGGCUUUAAUAUUUUUGGGAUUAUCGCUUCAAGAACUGGGACCACCUGAACAAGCUCCUAAAGCAUUUCAGAGAGCUAUUGAAAGUAACCCUUCCAAUCCUCUAGCAUGGAAUGGCUUAAUAAAUUAUUAUGAAAAAAUUGAUUCCAUGAAAGCAAAACAAGAAUUGAUUAAAUUGUACAGUUCAGUUUUAUCUUUGGAAAG